CACUGUCAACGUCAACUUGGGAAUGAAUUGACAGCUAACAUUUUAUUUUGUUUCGUCUUUCGGACUUAGUAGAACAAGGCUUAGAUCUUUGGCUUAGAUCGAGCAUAGAUCAAAGAUAUGUCAUCACACAUAACUUUUUUUUAUUAAAGCUUGCUUGGUCAAUUUUUGCCAGGACGACGAUAUAAUCUUCUAUGAUAUUUAUUAUGGUGUUAUCUUGAUAAUUUUGUUCGUAAAUUUUGGGUAAAACAAAACGUUAAACGUCUCGGUUAACGAGUGGUGUUAUAAGAGAACGAAAGAUGUCGCUAGUCUUCACAAAAUUAACUCAAAACAGGCGCAGGGCGUAGAUAGACCCGGCAUUCUCUCUGCUGUCUAGGGGUCUAGCUAGUUAUUAGUACGUAGGUACAUAACGUUCAUGGGUACUUCACUAACGUCUGUCAAUAUUUCUAGAGCAAAGAAAAAAUUGAAUGACAACGACACCCAAAUUUCUUCAGCGUCAAAUCAAUCGAGCAGUAUUUAUUUACACAAUAAUAAUUUUAUUUUAUGUUCGCAUCUGAAUCAUAUGCGUGGAUAUGUUACGGUGGGCGAUGUGACUCUAGCGUGGAGUGGGUGUUUGCGGUUUCCAAGUCUGAUGCCACUUUGCGGGUGUUCUAACGGGCUGGUGGCCACGGCGCUGGUGGCGGUGGCGCUGCUGCCCGUGCAGUACUACGUGCCCGAGCUGUACGCGCGCCGGGACGAGAGCCCCGACCUCGGCGACACCCUCGCGGAGCCGCAGAGAACGUGGUACGAGUCCGCUCUCGCACACUUCCCCCCCUUGGAUUUGAUAUUCGCAGCAGUGUUAUUCAUGUUGGCUUUCACGACUUACAUGUGCGAGUGGAUACAGAGAAAAUUAAUGGAAAGGAGAAUAGUAAAGUUAAACCAAUACUUACGAACAAGCGUUCAGCGACUGCGCGCUUGGGACGUGCGCCAGGAGCAGCUGGAGACCUCCCUGCGCGCCGUCCAGGGUGCUACUGCGGAGUACAACCUACUGCUGUACCUCCUCCUGCGCCAGCACCGCUGCCUCGCCCCCUCCCACCCCGCCCACACCCAGCACGUCCCCCACAACAUGCACGCGCAGCCUAACUGCCUCGCCGACAAGGAGUUGGAAGACGAAUUCGCUUUUUUAAGAAAUCCCGCGCUGGAAGUUCAGUUGCUAUGAGUUGUAUAGUGUUUCUGAUAUCAUAUUUAUUAUUUAAUAAAUGUAGUAUUGUUUUUUUAAGGUUCACCUGUUUUAUUUGAGAGGAAAUUAAAACUUGGUCUACUUGAUAGUAAUGGAUGCCAUAUAAGAAGGGGUUUUUAAGUUUCUUAUGUAGACGGUCUCCUGGCUGAUUUUUUUAUUGGUCUAAGUAUUUUCUAGUAGUUUCAUUUAGGUCCUACGACAUUCACACGAAGAGAAGGCGUAUUGCACUCUCUGCAUACGUGGAGGAUAGGUGUAUUAAUAUCACGGGUAUCUUCAGAGCCUACUACUAUACAGUGGGAAAGGUUCUUUGCGGCCAUGUGUGUAUUCAGAUGCCAAAAAUAGAUCGCCGUGAUAUAGAAACGGAGCGGAAAAGUAUGUACAUUUAUGGAAUCCCACAUACCGACAUAUUUACCAAAGUUGUGUACUUCCAAGGGCACACGAGGUACUCGUCGACAUAAAAGGGGGAGAAAGUGAUACUCUGCUGGAAUUUGAGACUGCGUAUUUGACAAUAAUGACACAAUCUGUAUUCGCAGCCCGAGGGCUCCGCUUUCAAUUACCGUUGUCAGUUGAUUCGAUCCCGCUUCCAAAUUGAUACAGAAGCAGGCUUUGUAAUUAUAUCCUCAAGUGUACUUGUAUAUUAAUGAGAGCAAAUGAAGGGGAAAAGAUUAUAAUAAGAAGAUCCUAACCAUUUUCUUUGCUUUCCGACCGUAAAACCAUCGGCUCUCGAUUAGGAUUCAGAAAGUCGUGGGUGCACGGCCGUGAUAGGAUUUUAACCUUUUAUACAUUUUUCGGUCAUACACGCGGGUACUAGCUUGUUAAUGAAGAGAAAUUUCCCGCGGGAUGGCAGACGGGAUCCCAAAUAUUUCGGUUUGCCAAAAUAUUUCGGCUAUGUUUAUUUAAUUCCAAG